UCUGGGAUCACUGGCCCCAUCCUUAGCCUCUAAUCAGGAUCAUAUAUUAAGUCAUGGUCUCAUAGAUCUCAUUAUCUCUGUUCUUAUUGUUCUUAUAUGGUAAAACUAAAAAUGGAUGCAACGGACCUGGGCUAUACAUUCCAAACGUGUCCAUAUGAUAAGUCGCAUCGUAUUCUGAAAAGUCGGCUCACAGCUCACUUGGUGCAUUGUCGUCAAAAUAAUCCAAGACUGAAAAGAAGAAAUGCGAAGGUUUGCCCUUAUGAUUUCUACCAUGUUGUAGAAGCCGCUGAUUAUGAGAGCCACGUUGAAACUUGUCUAAAACGUCCAAAGGUCUUUGAGGAUAUCGAUGUGAUCGAUGAUCAGUUCCAUAUUGGCUCAGUUCCUCUGGAGGAACUAAAAAAGGUGUUCGUCCCACCCGCGAAAGAAAAUUGGGGAGAGGAUCCACCAGCGCAAACAUAUGAUCCUUUGCAACAAGCUAAAAACAGAAGUGUUUUGCUGGCCCCAGUUGGACUAUCAACAGCAAAAAAAAGGGCCUUUAGGAAAGCGGAAAGACAACGUUUUAUAAGCUUGGAAGGUAAAAGUGGACGUGCUGAUAAAUUCCCGAAACCUAUGAAAGAGAAACCCUACAAGCCUACAAUGAAGGAUGAUUACAAAUAUCUUACAAAGAAAACUAGUGGAGACGUUAACAAAUACGAUAGAUUCCCCGUAAGUGAUGAUGAUGAUGAAGAGCCGGAAUUUCGUUUGCGGCCUCCACGUACAAGAUCUUUAGCCUUGACGAUGAGGUGUAAUUCAAUUUAUCAAGACGAUGUUUUAAAUACAAGCAACAUGUCAAACAUGGAAAAGGAUCUUACCAAAAUCUUCAGUUAAUUUCUUGAGUAAAGGGUACUACGAUAAAUGUUCUCAAUCGCCAUUUUUUAUGCUGUUUUUCCAAACAGGUUAUUUUUUCUUUAAUUUUGUUUUCAGGAUCAGUUAAAUUUAAUAUUUUUAUGCACAUUAUUUUAUUAUGCCUUUUUUCUGAAAUGAAGGGUACUUCUAAAUUUUACGAAUGAGUAGUAGUUUCUUAUUUUUAUUUUAAAAACCCUGGUUGCUCCUGAUUUCGUAUAUUAUUGAAAAUCAGCCACUUAAAAAAUAUUAUAUUUUAUAGAAAAUCAGCCACCUGAAGUAGUAAUGAUAAUGACAAUUAAAACUCUUUCUUUUAUGAGGUAAUAUGUGAUUAUAGGAUAGAAAACUUAAAAGUUUAUAAAGAAGUUUAACAUUAAUUUUUAUAGCUUUACUAGGAUGUGAUACUCAGGUUAUACCGACUUUACAAUCGAUAUCGACUUCAUUUUAAUUGUUAUGUAUGUAAUUUUUACAAAAGAUACAUUACGAACAUACGGAAAAAUGAAAAUUAAUGCUGAUAAGGACUAAACUGUAUUAAGUUCGUAAUAUAAUUUUAUUUGUGGUCCACUGUGAUAAACGAGCGUCUUUGAGAAAGAGAUUAUGUACUUUCUCUAUUAAAUAAGUCUGGCAGGUUACCAGAUUUAUGUACAGGCUGGCUAUUAUAUUUUUUGUAGAAUUUAAGAAUUGAAUCGAAUAUAAGUUUUGUUUAAUUUUUU